AUGCAGAAACCAACCUCUACAGAUCCAGAAGACUUGACAUGCAGGAACUCCAAGUACACACCUGCUGGAAAGCACAGUUGCAGCUCAUUGCUUCUCACCAUUAUUAUUAUUCUGCAGUGGCUUGCAAUAGCAGCCAUGUGCUACAUUGUCUUUUUCUACAUCAACACGCUAAAGGAGACCACAGGAAGUGAGACAUUUAAGAGCUCAGUGGUGAAACCAGAGAAGCCAAUUGCUCAUUUCACUGCGCUUGCAGGUUUCCAGAAUACCUCAGACCACCUGUGCUUUGAGCACAGACGAGGACACGCUUUCAAAACAUCUAACAUGAAGUACGAUGAAGCUGGCUAUUUGGUGAUUCCCACCAGUGGUGUCUACUUUAUUUAUGCACAGGUGACCUUUAAAUGUUCACAAGACUGCUCCAAACUCUCUCAGCAAUUCUCUGCUACUAUUUCAAAAAAGAACAACCAUUACCCUGCGGCAGAAGAGUUGCUGAAAAGCUAUGCUUGGCCCCAAAUGAAGGAUGAUGACUUUCUGAAGAUUUCAACCUAUAAGGCUGGAGCUUUCCAGCUUUAUGCUGAUGACUAUAUUUAUGUUGAUGUUCCCAAACACUUGUAUGCCCAUAUUUCAGAAGGUGAAUAUGAAACUUACUUUGGGGCUUUCUUGCUUGAGCCUUCUACUUCAGUGUAA